AUGGAUAUUUUUAGAAUUAUUCCAUUUCAAAUAUUCGCGUUGUUUGUGUAUUUAAUAGAACCAACAGUACCUAGUAUAAUAAGUGAUGUAAAUGUCGAAGGUUUAGCUAAAAAAAUAUAUCUAGAUGAAGAUGGAAAUGAAAUUUUAGAAAAGGUAUGUUAUUUUGAAGCUGUCACUCUUGAAUCACACAAUUGUGAUGUGUAUUUACGCCCCAAUGAAAGGCUUUCAGUUAAAUGUUCAGCCACUGCAAAUAUGGAUUCUAGUGCCGUUCCCGUGGGUAUAACACUACAAAGUGACAACAGCAAUGUAAAUUUUGAAAGUACUUGUAAAGAGGAGUUUUGCACCGCUAAAUUUGAAUAUUUGCCAAAUAAAACGCACAAUAAUGUAACUGUGAAUUGUUACCUAAAGGAAUCCACUGAAACUGUGGACCCUACACAUCCCAAUGUUGAAAACAUAUUCAUGUACAUAAAUGUAAAACUAUACGAUGCGACCUUAAAAAAUGUGAUUGACGAUUAUACUUUGUAUGAAAACAAAAUAUUCGACGUGACACUAGAUGAUGUGACGCUGAGAGAUAUAAACCUUGCCACUUUGGAAUUUGGCGAAAACAUCCUAUCAACACGCACGCCAGGCAUAAAUGACAGUAAAAACUCGGAUGAUAAAUCAUUAACCGUAGAUCAUACUGAUGAUAGAGUUGCUUUAGAGGCCAAGCCUAACUACAAUGAUUGUCAUUGCGAUUUUACCAAUAGUGAAAGGGCAGAGUACAAGAAUAAAUUUUACACGGGAAUUUUACAUCCAAAGGAAAGAUUCAUAUACAGGUGUUCCAAUCCAACUGAUAAACCUGAGAUAGUUACAUUCCCAAGGAUACAGACAAAUGGGUACGUUAUGGAACAGUUGGAAAAUGGGAGGAAUGUACUUAAGGAAAUACCCCUAGAUGAUAUUAGAAAGGGACUUGCUAGGUCUGAAGGGCUUUUAAUGUAUGAUUAUUUUGACGAUAAUUUGUCCAAAUACAAUGAAAUUUACCUAAUAUGCCAUACCACCGAUGUCUCAACUCCCGUUACAAAAUUGUCAACACUUGAUGGCAUAAUCAGGAUUAUUCUGGCCUAUUCCGGAGUUCACCUUGACGAAAAGACAGGAGUUGUAAAUUUUUCAGAUUUUAAAAUUGUUGCAAGUGAUGAGGAGGAAUCAGGCAAUGGGAAAAUCGGGUAUUAUACAAUUACAAAUGAUCAGCCUAGUACAAUAUUCCAAUGUCCAUCAACAGAGACUGUGAAAUAUAAAUUACUUCCAGAACGUCAUAAUCAUGUAUACUAUAAAAUGCCUCAAAUGGAAAAGAAUCCUUUUAAGAAUGACAAAUAUAACCCACAAGGCGAUAUUGGCUAUGCGAUUGCAAUGAAAGGAAUUAGUAUUAUAAAAAAUGAGGAUAGAAUAACAAUUAAUAAGGAUGGAUAUAGUACUCUUGCCUAUGGGAUGAAUCCCUUUGUUUACUUUUUGUGCGUGGUACCUAAACAGAAGAAGGAGAAUUCCCUUCAUAAUCCUGCGCCUGAUGCGGUUACUGAGGACGGGGUUGAGAAGGUAGUACAGUCUAUAGAUGACGCCGAAACUGACAAAAGCCCAGGGGAAGAGGAUCCUAUAGAUGAUGAUUCCAUAACGGAAGAUUGGGAUAGAAAAUAUGGUGCGAUAAUCAUAGGGUUAUCUACCUAUUCAAACCUUAGAAAAUUUCGAAUUUGCGGUCCUGGAUAUAGCAGUUUUGAUUAUAAUGGUGUUUAUAUUGAAGAUGUUGAUUGUAAUUAUUCAUUUAACGCUCCUCCCAUAUCACUAUCAAACUCCCUUAUAGAUUCCGGAAUUGAAAAUGAAGGCUCUCAAAUAAAAAGUACCGUAGGAAUAGACUCUCCAGAGGAAUCCAAACCAGUGGAUAAAUCGGAUAGUAAAUUGGUUGAGGACAGUGAUUCGAGUGAACAGAAAGAAGAUAGUGACUCCGGUAUCGAUUCUCCGAUAGUGCAAAUGUGUCCAAUGGACAAGUUCAACCCAAAUGGGCCCAGAUGUAUGACCGCACAAAAAGGUUUCAUGGGUAUGAAAAGGGCUAAUUUUAUUAAGGAUUUCUUCGAACCCGUUAAAGAUGUCCUUUCUGUGUCCUCUUUGUGGAUUUUAGAAAAAGAAAGAUGGGAGACUUUCGAAAAGAGUGGAGUGAAAAGUGUCACCUGUUUAUGCUAUGAUUCGGUCGGAGAUGUAAUUUCCAAGUUAGUGGUGAAUGAUUUUAAUAGUUGCUCUUGGUUUGUCACCAUUUCACUGGGAUGUUUUGCUUCAUUGCUCAUUUUUUUGCUCUGA